CUGCGUACAGGAAUCAGCACGUUGUCGUUGAUCGCACUCACGCGGCGGCACAUCGCAGACACCAUCCCCAGCGGCCAUGGCCGAUAACCACACCGCGAUCACCCCAGAUUCCUAUCAGCUCUCUGCCGCCCCCGCGCCUCUGACGCGUCCGCCGAAACGUUCUCACUCAGCUUCGUGCGAGCUCCCUUUCUUCAAACCUGCCGAGGAAUCGUUCAACCCAUUGCCAUACGCUCCCGCGCAUACACACCCCAAGCAAGCCCCACGACCCGCGCCCGUCCGCGCCCCUCUUGCGCCUGGAAUGGCCUAUGCUCCUCCUCCAAUGGAUCCCACUCCUGAUGACCCCAACGCGUUGUUCAUCCAUCCGCCAUUCACAGAUUUCCCAAACGCCCACCUGUACGGCCCGGAGGGCCUUACUUACUCGGUCUUGGCCGCCAAUCCGGAAUGGUUUCUGGACCCUGACGACUUCAAGUCCGCCACCAACGACAGCGAGGAUGCUCUUGCUUAUCCAGCUAAACUUGAGCCCCCAAGAGGUUGGUGUCCCGCUAAGAAGAAGGAUCUGAAGGAAAGGGGUGUCGACAACUGGCCCGAAGGACAAGAACCUCGCCUCAGGUGCACGUUUUGCCGAAGGACGUAUGCAGGCGUGAAUGCAAAGAGCAUGUGGCGCCGCCACGUUUACGAGAAGCAUAAGAUCGCGAUGUCCAAUCGACGGGACGGUCAGGAGCGAGUGCGUGGACGUAACUCCAAUAAGGAGAACAGAUUGGUCAGCAGAGACACCCGGAGGCCGCAAAAGUUGGAGGCAGCUAUGGCGAUGCAGCCUCCGAGGGUUCCUCAUGUCAUUGGUCACUAUCGUGUCCGGAAUGCCGAACAAAUGCCUCCCCCUGCGGCGCCCUUGAUGGUCCCGGGCGAAUUCCCCAACAUGAUGUCGUACGUCGACGGUCAGUGCGUGGAACAUGCGCACCCGUUGUCCCAGUCUACGGUGGCAUCGAACACACCGCCGUUGACUCCCCAGGAGUUGGAAUCUCCGCAGGCCUUCUCCCUCUCUCUUCCAUCUCUCUCUGAGGCGCAAGUAACGUCGACGCCCGUGGCAGGUACAUCUACUACCCCCCUCCGAGUUACCGUCCCUGCGUCCCCAUACAAUCCUAUGUUGACGCCGGCGUUCCGGCAUUCGCCUCCACGAUUACCGUCCGAUCAACCUUGGCGCUUUCCUAGUCCGUCACAUCCCUUGCAUCUACAGAGCGCCCGCGAUCUUUCUCUCGGGGUGAUUCUCGGAUGCAAGAGCAGUCCAUUCACUCCUGGGCCAAUGAGGAGCCCAGCGGUUGUGUCGUCUGUACGAGGAACUCCCAUUGCCACCAGCCCUUUGAGCAGGUCGCGAUCUCUGACCGGCCAAGUUCGGAUGCCCUCGGGCUCUACCCGCGCUAGAGCGACCCCACGUCGACUCUUUAGCACUGGAUCCUUGCCUGCUGGACUCAAUGCACAUGGUCGGACCAUCUACAGACCGAACGGCAGUCCUGCGGAUGGAAGUGCGGACAGCAGUCUGCUCUCGGACACGACCGACUCCUCUGUCUGGACCUCCGAUGGUGGAUCGCUGCUCGAGCUGGAACCGCCCAUUCGACUGGUCGAAGAAGAUCCUUUCGCCGGCAGCGAUCAUCACUGGCUCCGCUUGGCGGAGACUAGUCCUGCCUUCGACAGGUCGAAGAUGAUGGCAAAGCGUAGCCCACCGUCAUCGUGUUCCGAAAUCGAAAGCCCAAUUGCUCGGACCACCGCCCUCGUCGCCGAGGAGAGUCCGAUUAUCAGGAGUGCCCGGACGCAGUUAGGUGUCGGUGCUCUCUCGAAGCGUCCUACGCUUUCACUGCGCUUGUCCGAUAUCCGCACGUCGUCACGCACGGGACUAGGCAUCGCCGGAGUUGAUUUCGGAACGGACUCUAGCCUCAUGUCGCCGUUUGCACUCAGCAACGACUCGGAGGAGGACGACGCCGACUCAGAGGAGUGCGUCGGUGGCCUGCUCUAUCCCGACUCUGAUGACGAGGACGCCAUGGACACUCGUGCCAGGAAACGUCGCAAGAGCAACUAAUUUGCGCCAUCCGUUCUCCGAUCUGGUUCUCGCUCUACCCCGACUCCACUUUUCAGCUGUCGCUAUGUUCUGCUGUCGCGCUAUCGUUGUCGUUAUCCCUCUUGCGUAUUCUCGUCGUCGUAUGGGGUACCCGUAUUGACCUGACGUUUGCAUGCCUUCCACUCCCGGCACCACUACUGAUUGGAGUAGGUGUUCGCAUAUGGUUACCCCCCUUAUUGAACUGCAAAGAUGGUGACUUUCUAGACGCCAUUCAUGCGCUCCC